AUGGAUGAGGCUCAGCAUUAUGUGUCCUUCUACGACAUAUCCAUCGACCGAAUCGAUCUUCACUCCCUCUCCGACUGUUAUGGCUGGCUCACCGACAAUGCCAUUGCAUUCGGCCAGGCCUGGCUCGAACAUCCACGCAACGCUACCCUUGCUGCCAGCUGCGCGUCCAUCAAAGUCGACCCUCUGCCUGAGAACAUCCUCUUGAUUGCUCCGACCGUGGCGCGCGUCCUCCAGGCAGCGGACCUUUCAGAGCUCGACGAACUGAUCCCGGACUUGAAACUGACUUGCACUCACAUUCUUGUACCCGUCAACAGCAAAGCUGUGCACUGGGCAUUGCUCCUCGUCAGCGUCACCAACCACACCUCCUGGUUAUAUGAUCCGGCAGGAGGCGUCUUUUCGUCCUCCACCGCCAGCGACAUCAGCACCCAUCUUUCGCACCUCCUCCGCAGCAAGUCGAUGGGCACUCACGGCCUCGAUUUCGCCCGGCUGCCCGCCUCGGAAGUCCCGCAGCAGCAGAAGUCGCACGACUGCGGUAUCCUGGUUGUAGCCUGUAAGUGGCAUCAUUCGGAGCGCAUCAGACAGACGAACAUCAACAAGACCGUCAACGUGGCGCUUGGGGAUGUGCUCGUCGAUCCGUGGGAGUGGAGGCUGGCCCUUGUGCGCAUGAUGAGAGCAUUGCGCGCUGAGGGAAGGCUGAAGCCGAAAUUUGGGUGAUGCAACGCUCGGGGGAUGCGGAGCUGAGAUUCGACACGGGAAAUGGCACUGCAUGUGGGUUGUCACGGCCAGAGCUCGAUAGGU